ACCACAGGCGGCGACUUCAACAGCUCCUAAACUUAAACACACUCUGAGUAUGUGUGCAAGAGCAGCCGGGACAGCCGAGAGCAUUUCUGCUGUAUAACGGGACUCGCAGGGGGAAUUAAGUGACAUUUUUUAGCUAAAGAGAGUGGUUAACAACAGAUACAUACCACUUUAAUUACUCUACCCCCAGAAUGACAAGUAAAAUGCAGGUAGUAUCGUACUUUUAACAACCUCCACAUAGCUAACUUAGCUCAAAGCAACAAUCAAACUAACGUUAGCUUAACGCUAGUUGAUAGUUAACGUUAGUAGGAAUUUGUUUAUCCGCUUUUGUUGACACGUUUUGUUUGGUGACACAGUAACGCUACCGACGCGUACGUUGUUGUCAUUGUUAGCACUGACACCAUCAAAAAGCUCAAAGCGGUUUUCCAAGCUGUUUAACGUGGCUCACGUUAAUACAGAAACGACGUCGGCUGAGUUGGAAUCAACAGGAUUACUACCUGAACAGAAAUAAACACUGGACUUUAACUUACCUCUAUCAAGGAGCUGAAUGGCCUCCGUUGUUGCAGUGAAAACUGAGAAGCGACCUGCAGCUGACUCUCAGGAUGCAGACUCAAACGCAAAAAAGCCCAGGAAACUGCUGCCCAGCCUGAAGACCAAGCGCGCCCCUGAGCUUGUCCUGGUGAUUGGCACAGGGGUAAGCUCGGCGGUGGCCCCUCAGGUCCCUGCGCUCCGCUCCUGGAAAGGCCUCAUCCAGGCCUUGCUCGAUGCAGCCAAUGACUUUGACCUACUAGAGGAGGAGGAGAGUCGCCGUUUCCAGAAGCACAUGCAGGAAGAUAAGAAUUUGGUUCAUGUGGCCCAUGACCUCAUUCAGAAACUUUCCCCGAGAACAGGCAAUGUGCGAUCCACAUUCUUCAAGGACUGUCUAUACGAGGUGUUUGACGACUUGGAGUGCAAGAUGGAGCAUGCAGGGAAACAUCUACUACGCUCAGUGCUGCAGUUAAUGGAGAGUGGGGCACUGGUCCUCACUACUAACUUUGACAACCUGUUGGAGAUCUACGCAGCUCACCAGGGCACCAAGCUGGAGUCUUUGGACCUGACAGAUGAGAAGAAGGUGUUGGAGUGGGCUCAGGAGAAACGGAGGUUAAGUGUUCUGCAUAUCCACGGUGUUUACACCAACCCCAGUGGUAUUGUACUGCACCCUGCUGGCUACCAGAAUGUACUGAGGAACACCGAGGUUAUGCGUGAGAUCCAGAAGCUGUACGAGACCAAAUCAUUUGUGUUCCUCGGAUGUGGGCGCACGGUAGACGACACAACCUUCCAGGCUCUUUUCUUGGAGGCGGUCAAACACAAGUCAGACCUGGAACACUUCAUGCUUGUGCGGCGGGAGGACGUGGGUGAGUUCAAGAAGCUGCGCGACAACAUGCUGGACAAGGGCAUUAAGGUCAUCUCCUAUGGAGACGAGUAUGCCGACCUGCCUGAGUACUUUGAGAGGCUGGCCAAUGAGAUCUGCAACCGCGACGUGUCUACCAACGACUGGGGGCCUCCCUCACAGAAUGGGGAGGAACAGCAGAACGGCUUUAACACACAGAAAAGCCUCCUUCAAGGUUAGGACUGAAUGCUUCUCUUUGACUUCAGGCAGUGGCCACUUGCAAGAGACAUUUCCAGAAUAAUACAAUAAAGCACUGUCCAGGACUCUUUGUUUUCUUACUGCAUGCUGGUAGAUAGAAAACUCAAGUCUGUUCUUGAUUUUCAGUAUCAAAAAGACCUGCUGGUAUUCCUUUACACAAGAUACAACUGACUUUGCAGUAUUGCAUGCAUGGCAGUCAGUGGCAACGUUUCAGUUGAUGCUCUUUGUUUCUCAACUGUUCAUUUAAGUCCCUUCCUUCUCUUUUUACCCCAGACUAUCAUUCUUGACAGGCACACAGUCGGGAUCAGUAUCAGUCAUUUUCCUCCACAGCUCCGUCGAGAGAUCAGUCUACUUUUGAGUAGUACUCAAAUCUGAUUUGAGUCUAUGGAUUUAGAAAUCCAGGAACACUAUGGGCAACGGGAAAAGCUGUUGUCAGUAUUUUACAGGUGUCCAUUAUUUUCCUUUAUUUGUUCUAGUUUAAAAGGGAAGGGAGACAUUUUAAGUAACUGUCAACACCAAUACCCAACCUCACAGUCCCAGCGUACUGUGUUGCAAUGCUGCUCAACAUUUGGCAAGUUACAGUAGAAAAAAAGUGUUACACAGAAGACUAAAUGGUAUGUUCUCACUUCAACAUGACAAAUGAUAGAUCUGAAUCCGCUGGCAGAAGCUGACUGUGCUGCAUUGAUUCACUGUUUGGAUUUGGACUUUAAUCAGCUUGACCCACCUGUCCUGUAAGAGAAACUAUGGGUGCAAGCUAUAACGCACAUCACUUAAGGAUUGUAUCCAUCACGCAGAACCGUGAAACCAGGAAAACUUGAUUUGCACACUACUGGGUGGGGAAUGGGGAUAAUUCUCUGACAUUAGAUGUUACUUGGUUUGCAAACACAUUAUGAUUCUGUCCUCAGAAGUUCAGAAGAUGUCUUUAUAGCAGAGAGGCUCCCAGCCAGUAGCAAUCACUUUGCCACUCCUGUGCUGUAAAUGUUCUUUGUAAGCCUUUUUUGUAUUUUUAAUACUUGCAUGUGUUUUCUGACAUAGUAUUUAUAAGUACUAUUUUCAAAAUAAAGCUUUUGGUAUCCCAUUUGUGCUGUCAUUUUUGUCCGUCUCAUAAUGUACAUACUGGAACUGCAACAUAUGACAGAACGAGUUCCAGGAUGUCAUUGCAUAUAGCAGCUUUAUUUAGAAAUGUUUACAUCAUAAAUUAGCUCAAAUCUCAUGUAUAACUCUUGAUUCUCUCAUAUUGCACUACCACAAAUUAAAGGGGGCUAGAGAUAUUUAAGACUUAUAUUUCUUCUUACAAAUGAAGAGAAAAUCGGAGGGGAAAACAUAAAUAAAAAGGGCCGAAGAACUUCACCUGACCACACAGAAGGUGCAGUCUGAAAAUCUACAGGCAACCUGUAAGAACCAAACAAA